CUAAGCGUCGGUUGCAUUCCCGCUCGCAUACCGACAGAAGUGGAUUGCUAGGCGUGAAACCAGGUCGUGUGCGUGAUUUUAAUAUUACGGGUAUCGUGCAUAUUGUUAUAAAAUAGAAAAAAGGCAUUAGGCAUUUCAGUAAUACGCUAAUCGUUAGCUAAUCGAUUCGGCUGCAAUCGUGCGAAAGACUCGAUCAAGAGCAGUUCAGAUACAAACUCUGGUAGCACUGCCACCUCAUUGCAGCCCUCAAGCAAACAAUGGACGAGGCGACGAUUCGUAGCAGCAGUGGCCUGCGCCGCAAGCUGAUCCCCCAGAAACCACCUCGCCGGAAGAACCAGCAGCAACAGGUCGCGUCAUUCCAAAAGCGUCCGAUCGUAGCUACUAGUGCGUUACCGAUACUACCUGCCAAAGCAACGACGACGACGACUACGACGAGCCAAGAUAUUAGAGAAGUAACAGAGAAAAAACGGGAAGAACGUGACCAUUGCGACGAAGAGUACGCCGAAGAGAUCAUUACGAAGGCAUUUCAGUUUCUUAGGCGACCUAAAAGAAGCCGAGAUAUGACCGCCAGCGAGAUACUGGAGUACUAUCUGGAACGGCGUUUGCAAGCCCAGCUGGAGCAGCAGAGUGCAGUGGGACGUGCGAUCGAUAUGGAUACUAGUGGCAGCAGCUUAAACAGUAGUCUCACCUACCACACCACCCUUGACACAACGGGGCUUGCCGCUAUUGACGAAUCGAAGAUCGAUGUUUCUGGUCAAUUCUUAGCAUCUGAGAAACAUCCUCCGCAGCUGACUUCGAAGACAAAGGUUCCUGUUAGGUUUUGCAACAACCAACUGGUCGUCGAACGUCAAAUGGCAGCUGGAUCGUUUGUUGCAAACAUCUCUGGGUCGGCUGGCCCGGACGUUGUCUACACACGGUCGAGAGAGGAAGAUGCGCAUAUCUACGAGCCGAUGAUGAUACAGACGCAGUCGCAAAGGAGUACGACGCCGAUCGUUACAUCUACCACUAGCGGCUGCAAGCGAGAGCACCGUUGGCAUAUCAUGUGGCGGAAGCUGAAACGUAUCUGUCUGCCGCAACGUAACCGCCGCCAGAAGAAGCAAUCGACUACCAAUGUGUAUCGACUAACCGAUCUGCAGGCUGCGGGAAGUGCCAGCGGCACCAAUAAUCUCUAACAGCGACCGGAAUCUGAACACCGGGCGUAGCCGCGUGGACGGCCACCGAGAGUCGAUGAAGAAGCGUGCCAAAAGCAGGUCACAGACAUCACCUAACCGCUUCCAUUUAGAACCCCUAAGAUAAACUAGGUUUUACGAUAAACCCCCACAUGCAUACA